CGCGGCCAGCAGCCGUGCGGGGGUUGGACCAUAACACAACAUAUAUAUAUAUAUAUGUUUUGACCUUCUAUAUCCAAAUAUGUUACAUGAAGUGUGAAGAUAAGAACAAAACAUAAUCUAACCUGACCCAACCCUACCUACUUACAAGGACCAGGGGACACCACUUGAAGCUUGAGAAGAGGGUAGGUAGCCCACCACUUAAAGCCAAGUUUUCCAGGCAUAGGCAUAUAUAUUUGAUUCUUUACUAUCAUUACAAAGUUGUGCAUUUCAGAAUCAGAUUCAAGUCCAGAGGGAAAGUUAAAAAAUAUACAAUGAAGGAGCUGCAAGUCCAAAAUGAGAAUGCUUUGCCAGCUAGUAGUAAGGAAGGGAAGAUGACUAAGAGUUCUAGGAGAACUCCUUUGUCUAACAAAACCAACAAACUGGGACAAAAUGAUGCCAGUAGCACACUUUUGCUGAAACCCAGAAAACACCAUGGGCUCCGGGUGUUUGAGGAGACGGCCGCUGAGGAGCGCGCCGCUCCUGCCGCCCGGCCGGUCACCCGCUGCACCGUGAGCACUCAGACCGAUCCCUAUGAGCCGCCGCGAGGCCAGGAGUCGGCCGUCGACCGGCUGGUGGCCGAUAUGUGCGCCGCUGCCGAGGAGCCCAGUGGGGAGUACUGGCGGCAGCUGGCCGAGAGCCGGCAGCAGGCGCUGGAUGAGGCCCUCCAGGAGAACCAGCAGCUGCACGAGCAGCUGGACACCGCCCGAGAGGAGAUCCGGCUCAUGCGCGAGGUGCUCGAACAGGCCGAGGGAGUCGUGGCCGCUGUUCAGGAGUGGUCAGACGAACAGGAGCAGGCGCAGUGAACGGGACGACUGAGAGGUUCCUCGUUCACCUAAUCUCUUCGUUAUAUCAUCACGUCAACCGGCCAGAAAGUGAAGGUGUGUCGCAGCGUCGUGUAUCGGUUGUGCCUGGUCUACACUGUCGUGAAGGAGGGUAGUGUGGAUCGUGCUCAUAUUUUCUGCUGGCCGUCCGUCUUAUGUCUUGACUUGCUAGUGCGUGACAGUACAAAAGGAAAAAGUGCAUUUCACCUGUAACUAGGUUGCCACUUUAGUGUCCAUAUUUCAAUAAACAACAUUGUAUUUUA